UUACGUCAGUUCGGAGGUCUCGAUGCCUGACUAAUCCCCUAUUUCCAAUGAAAAUAAACAAGUAAUUUAAUAAACGCGACCACCAAUGCGCUCUAAAACACCCUCCGUUACUAUCCAUUGAUACACAGAUCGCCUCAACUGAUUACUAUUGGGAAUAGUUUGUGAAUUACAGUUGAAAAUGAAGUACUCAACAUCGCCAACCCCAAGCACAUCUUCUACGUAUAAUUUCCCUCGCAGUACUUCUCCUCUGCCCGCUCCAGCUAACUACCAGCCCACGACGGCCAGCGCAGCGGUCAAGCGGUACAAAUACUUGCGGAGACUGUUCAAAUUCAAUCAGAUGGACUUCGAAUUCGCGGCGUGGCAAAUGGUGUACUUGUUCGUGUCGCCACAGAAAGUUUUCCGGAACUUUAAUUAUAGGAAACAUACCAGAUCACAGUUUGCCAGAGAUGACCCAGCAUUCCUUGUAUUACUUAGUGUUUGGUUAUUUUUAUCCUCUAUCUGUUUCGGGCUGGGCAUGGGCCUGGACUGGGGGCAACUGGUGUUGUUCAUCAUAUUUGUAGUCUUUGUGGAUUUCAUCGGAGCUGGCUUGUUGGUGUCCACUUUCUUUUGGUAUAUAAGUAACAAGUACUUACGACGCGACGCGGCGGCGCCCGACGUGGAGUGGGGCUACGCCUUCGACGUGCACAUCAACGCGUUCUUCCCGCCGCUGUCGCUGCUCCACUGUUUGCAGAUCGUGCUGUUCAACAGUCUAUUGAGCCACGACGGCAUCCUACCUUGCUUCGUGUCCAACACUUUCUGGCUCGCGUCCAUCAUCUACUACCUCUACAUCACUUUCUUGGGAUACAGCAAUCUCCCAAUGUUGAGCAACACGCGCUUGUUCCUGCUGCCCCUGCCCGCGCUCUGUAUCGCGUACAUCGCCUCCCUACUCAUGGGGUUCAACUUCAGCCAUAUGCUUAAAGACUUCUACUUGUAUAGAGUUCUGUAAUA